CCUGCCUCCAGGGAAAGGUAGCACUCAGUAGAAGGUGGGGGAACAAACUUGUGUCCCGCCAUGAGUGCACACUUGGCUCUGCCCUCCUACCAGACGUACCCCACUGGCUCUGGCAUGGGGUACCUGGAGUUUUACUGGAACUCGGCAGGCGAGGCAGGACCUGCCUCCACUUCAGCUGGGCCAGCAGGACUCACCAGGGCCACUCUGUCUCCAGAGGCAGGAAGGAAGAGGCAGAACACAGAAGUAUCCCCAGCCUCAUCCAGUUCUGGGAACUUUAGCCAUUUCACACCAGAUUCAGCUACCAGUCCACAUUCAGCAUCCUCGUCUCCACAGCCUACAGCUAAGUCCCAAAAGGGCAGGGAAGAGGGCAUAGAGGGGGUGAGGAAAGCCAAGAGCCGCACAGCCUUCUCCAAGGAGCAGCUGCAAACCCUGCAUCAGCGGUUCCAGAGCCAGAAGUACCUCAGCCCUCAGCAGAUCCGAGAGCUGGCUGCAGCCCUGGGCCUUACCUACAAGCAGGUGAAGACUUGGUUCCAGAACCGGAGGAUGAAACUGAAAAGGUGCCAGAAGCACAGCCUGUGGACUGAAAGGGCUCAAUGCCUCAUGCAAAGUGGCUUCCAGCCAAGUACUUAUCUUGAUGUGCACUCCAAGUUCCAUCAGGGCUACCCAAUCCCAGCAGCCAACAACAUCCAAACAGUACCUCCUCCCAGUCAGCACUACGGAACAGGGCAGAAUGCUUACACAAUCAUGACCAGUGAGGAUGGAGGAGUCUUUGGCAAAGGUGGAGGCACCUGCAGCAUCCAGCAGACAGUGGGCUUCAUUUCCCAGCACAAAGUAGACUUUUACCACAGUUGUCCUGGCAGUGUGGAAUAUCCAGGUACAAAGACAGGUGACAGCUGUAAUUUUCACCACUCAGCCACCAUGGGGGCUCCUUUCCCAACCACUGCUGGUCACCAUCUCUAUCAUUCCUAAGCACUGCAGAUGUGGAGUACAUGGGCAGCUCUGAAUCCAAUCUUAUUCCCAUCUCUCCCUUUGUUAUUCAUGUGAUCUCCAGUUCAAGGGCAUCAUGUAGCUGGGACCUCUUUCAGCAUCCAAAUACGUGCCUGAAAGCAACACUGGCAUAAAGUUGGUCCAUUGCUUGUGUUGUUUUAUGUAUGCACACAUCACGCUCCCCCUUCUUUAUUGGCACAGGCAAUUAAGUUCUAAGCAAAACCCUAGCUCUGGCUGCCUAGAUUACGCCCUGGAUCUUCUAAACUAUGGAUCUUGUAACUUGUCUCAGAGGAGGCAGUUUGCCUUGGCAAUCUUGUUUAUGCACAUCACUGUAUAGUUGUGUAUAUGAAGCCAUGGAAGGUAUGGAGAGCUACUGGUAACAUACCGUUCAUUGAAGUCAGAUAAGUUAUUGUCACCUGCCAGGCAUCCAUCUGAUGAUUAGACCACUAGUGUGUAAUCUGUAAGAUACAGAAUCAUAGAAUUGUUUUGGUUUGAAAAAAACAUUUAAUGUCAUGCAGGCCAACCAUUCUCUAAGUCUACCAAGCCUGGUGCUAAACCACAUCGCUCAGUAAAACAUCUUUGCUUAUUGUAGAAUUGACCAAGUGUCUAGUGAUGGGAAAUGCAACAAGCAGCUUGCAGGAAGGCUGGUAAGAUGAUCUUAUAAACAUCAAAAUGACAAGUAAACCCUUUGUUCUAGUCUUUCUACUUCUGUACCUCCCCUCAAAGCCAAACACUGCAUUCAAUUUGGCAAAUAAUAAAAUAUUUUUGGGGGUGGAUUA